AUGGCCAAGAAGCUUCCUCUGUACGAUCAGCUCCUCUUCGCAACCGCCCUCCAGCUUGCCACAUACUUGGACGCCGACGAACCACCCUCUGGCUCGGACACUGACUCCGAAUGCGUCACGACCCCUGGAUCGGACGACUUCUCCGCCGAAGCCCACACCAAGCGCAUUCGCCGGCUGGAGCUUGAUCGGGACGAGUAUGCGCGGAGGGGAAUGCAUGCUCAGGCGCAAGAGAAACAGGAAGAGAAAAUCAGGCUUGAGAGAGCACAUCUGCGGCGACGGGGCUUCAAGAGGGGAGGCGAGGAGCAGGAGUGUGAUGACGGGGGGUUUGUCAAGAAGAGGCGGAAGUCGAGGGAGGAGAGGCAGUGGAGUGGUGUGGAUGGCGAUGUUGUGGGGCCAGGAUAUGUUGAAGAUGGAGAGGUCGAAGAUGGAGAGGGUCAAGAUUGCGGAUUUCAAUGUGGUGAGGGUGGAGGCGGCGGAGAGUGGCAGGUGUAUAACCAUGUGAUAUGGACUGGACAAACCGGAAGUUGUUCUCUCUGUGGAAUCGAGGCGUAUUCUUCCCGCUGGAACUCCAAAGCGGCGGCGCCGAUCAUUGCCGACCAUAACAGCGCGGACAUGCACAGCGUCCGGCAAUAUCUCCCACAUACUGCCGACAAUAGCAUGGACCAUGGCGAGACCCAACCACCCAGUCAUCAGUCACGUUCUCACUGA